AUGGAGUUCAGCACGCGCGGCCGCGCUCCCUCGCCGGGUGCUGGAUCCACCGAUGCUUGUGAGAUACAUGUCGUAGAGUGUCCGAGGAAUGUAGUUAGACAUGACAUGAGAACAUCAGUGCGAAGACAUGUUAGAAAUGAUGACGAGGGUAUGUUGACUGAACGUGAUUGGCAAAUAAUUUUGAAAGUUAAAAGAUUUUUUAUAUCUUUUUAUGAAACCAUUAAGAUUUUAUCGGGCGUUUACUAUCCCACCAGUUGUAUGUCCAAACUUAAAACAUUAUACAUAACCAUGGCUGAUCAAGCUACUGAUAAGAGUGGUGGAUCAGCCCAAAAUGACGGGUGGCACUUCAAUUCCGGACGCAAGUCGGGUCCCGAUGGAAAAUGGGAUUAUCAGUGGGGUACAGGCUCAGACCGCAAUGGCAACACUUUUGGUUUUGGAUCAGGAUCAAGUCAACCUGGGCAGCAAGGUGACAAAAGUUUCGGAUAUGGUUGGAGUGGCUCCACUUCUCCUGGGGGCAACAGUGCCGGUGGUAGCUUUGGAUACAGUGGCAACGGCGGUGAAGGUGGAGGUGGAGGUGCAGGUGCAGGUACAGGUACAGGUGGGGGCGAAGGCGGAGGAGGCAGGGCUCCCUCCGGCCAACCAGCGUUCGGAUUCGAACUCAAUCAACACUCACUUGAGAUAACGUAA